UGGCUCCAGCGACGUUCUUCUUCGCCCGCGCGUCCCGCUCGCCGGGGCCGGUGGUGGAGGACGGUCGGUCGCUUGCUGGUGCGUUUUCUUUCCGGCCUCUUGGGGCCGGCGUUACAUCGGUGUUUCUCAUCCGCUUGGGAAGCCAAUUGAGAGGCAAUUUUCUUGAGCAUGUGUCUAUCUCUCUCUCGCUCUAUCUAUAUAUAUAGUGCUUAUACACUUUAUUUCAUAUAUCAAGUCAUUGUCAUUCUGCAUGUGCCUUGUACAAAAUGAUGAGAUGUCAAUGAUGGAUCUGAAACGGUAUGGCUUGUUGACGUCUAGGAGACUUUUGAAGUUUCUGACUCAAACAAUCUGGAAACUGGUCAGAAUCCAUUAUCACGCAAAGUAACACUAUGGCAAAGAAUAUCAAUCUCUAUGCUGAAGAUGACGAGGCUUCUCAUUCCAUUUUUGUAGUCAGGUUAGGUCCGAUAGGCUUCUUCCUUCGUUUGUGGAGCACAGAAGCCGCCGAUGGCCGGUGGCCUCGAUGUUCGGCCGCUUUUUCAUCUUCUCGCGGAGAACUUCUUCGGGGCCGAGCCCAGACAUGACAACAAUCCAAUGGAUCCUAGUGGGUACUGUUCGCCGUUGGCCAUCAUCCCGGGUUUUUAGUUCAUUCAAAUCUCCACCAAGCAGUUCAGGUGAUUCAUGGAAGGGUUCGACAGUCUUCACUUGAUCGGCAUGUCAUGCUUGGGUCAGGUCAUGCCUUCACCACGGCGGCGCGCGUCAUUGCCGCGCGCGGUGAUGGCUGUGAGUUGGGCCACCUUGACGCUGUCCACGUCGGCGGAGGACUCGACGGGGUGCACCAUUACGGCCAAAAUAUGCUCGAAUUUUCCCGACUUCCAGCGGACGCAGUUUCGGGAUGACAUCGGUGAGACCCACGUGAACGCGGGCGGCAACGAUGCGGCCUGUUUGAAGCGGGCUGAGGACUUUCACCACUGGUGUGGCAAUGGUGCGUCUGAUGCACAAGUGGCUGCCAGCUAUGAGCGGGAACAGCUGAGCCAGGUCUAUCAUCCAGGUGCUUGUCCAGGUGGAUGGUCCCAGUGGGACGCAUUUUGCUACAAGCACUUCUGGGAGAAGAAGACCUGGUUCGAGGCGGAGGCCUUCUGUCGCCAAUAUGGCGAAGGCUCACACUUAGCAUCGAUCCAUUCGAGGGCUGAAAAUCGAUUCAUUUUCGCCUUGACUGGUGGCCUAAGUGCCUGGAUCGGCUACACCGACCUAGAUCAGGACACUCACUACAAGUGGAGUGACAACACGCAGGAUGACUUCUCGAACUUUGCCAAGAACUGCACCGGCCGUGAACACGAGCCGGACUGUAAGCCCGAAGAGCGGCAACAGCAGUGGUAUGACUGGGAAGGCCAUGAUCGUGGCACCUUUGUGUGCAAGCGGAAUGCAUUGUUGCCGGUUGCCUUGCUGCGCAAUGUGUCCGCCAGGAUCUUGAUUACAAGACCUUGGCACGAGCUGUUGCCCACCUUGGCAUCGAGCCUGGAAUCGAACACCACCAAAAGCCAAGUGUCGCUCAAGGUGGAUGCCAUCGCCAAGCCUGAGGCAUCGGCCGCGGAGGGCAAGCCGAUGCUAGAGCCGCGGUUGGGUUUCUUCAAGGGCUCCUUGUUCUGAGAAGGAUGGGCUAUGCAUGGUGCAGUCCACUAGAACAGCGGAACGUGGCAUGCACUUGAUCACCAGCAAGAAGG